AGUGCACAGGCAUGUGCAUGAGUGACUCAGCAGUAAUUUGCUUCAAAAGAGCAUCUCUUGAUUCAAGGCUCCCAUUUCACUCUUCCCCCACCUGCCCUCUGUACGUAGUGCUGCUGUGCUGGAUUACUUUGACUCGACCUGAUGGAGCUGUUGAUGUUUAGUCUGGUCCUUCUACAAGGGAUCUCUCCCUGCUUUAGCUUUCCCAACGGUGCACCCACCUCCGCCUGUGAUGACAUGGUUCCUCGUCACACUGGGGUGCAGCCACAGCCCACCCCAGCACCCUACACCAUCCUCACCAGCACCAAGACCCUUCAGACUGGCCAGCCCAUUACAGUGACCAUAACUGGAACAAACUACAGAGGCGUGCUUCUGGAGGCCAGAUCGGCAGCCAGCACUAGCACUAAUGCUUUAGGAAGUUGGCAACUUCCUCCUCCAGAUACCAAAUUCCUGCAGUGCUCAGGAAAUAAAGAAGGUGCCAUCACCCAUGCCAAUACUAAUGUGAAAGACGACACUACUGUGUUUACCUGGUUACCACCCAACAAUACCAACACUAUCUACUUCAUGGCCACUGUAGCCCAACAGCGCACUGUCUACUGGUUGAAUAUCAGGUCAGGAACUUUGAUCAAAGGAUCAGAGGGCAUUGGUCUGGCUACAGGUGGAAAUCCAGGGAUGGCCAGUAAAGGGUUUCUGCUGCUCCUUGCCCCAUGUAUGCUGGUGUCACAGAUGCUCCCAAGAUAGUUUCAUUCCAUUUUGAUUCUACCGAAGCAGCUUCCAUCAGCCGCUUUUAUUGGAAAAAAUAUUUUGAUUGCAUAAUAUAUUGUAUUAGAAAAAAGUACUUUCCAUACAUAAGUUUUACUGAUUAAAGGUAGUAUCAUGCA